AAAAAUGUUGUUGAAAUUGGAUUUUCUCCGAAGGGAAGGUACAUUUCUACUUGGGAAAGAUUAGUGAAGUUGGCGGAUAACUCAGCACAUGCUAAUCUAGUUGUGUGGGAAGUUGCUACGGGAAAAGAGUUGAUUUCCUUUACGCAAAAAAGUCAAAUGAAUUGGAACGUUCAGUGGACUGAAGAUGAAUCAUUUUUCAGUCGUUUGGUAACGGGGGAAAUACAAUUUUAUGAAAGCAAGAAUCCAGAAAAGGGCGUUCACAGUAGAUUGAAGACAGAGGGGAUUGGUGAUUUCUCUUUGUCACCCGGAAAAAGUCCAUCCGUUGCA